AUGGAGAAGGAAAUGCUGAAAUUGGCCACCAAGGAAUCUCAGCUGCAGCUCCUGCAGCAAGUGCUGGCUGCCACCGAUGCAGAUGCCGAAGAAGAGGAUAUCAAAGAAGAAAGUCUCGAUGGCUCACGGGAUGUCAAGAUAAUGCGAAAAGAAGGCUCGUUCUCAUCGUUCUCUGGAAGCAAUUCCAUUUCUUAUACACAGAAAACUAAAGCUGUCAAAGAGGAAGACCGACAUCCCCUGUUCCGAAGAUUUCGCGCAUUCAAAUAA